CUGAAUUUCUCACCUCACAGUCGCGCACCGAAGAGGCGAUUUUUUAUCGCGUACGUGCUGCUGAGCUUGCGACCGAUGACUACGCGUUAGUAGUAGCGGCUGCUACGGCUUUACGCCUGUCUGAUCGCAAGGUGGAAUCCGAAAGUUGGUACCGCAAGGCGGUGACGAUGAGACCCAACGACGCCCACGCCCAUACAAACUUGGGUGCCAUUCUGCAUCUGCUGGGACGCACCACACAUGCGGCUAAUAGCUACCAAGAAGCCUUAAGAUUGCAGCCAGGGGAUCCGACAACAUUAGGAAAUCUCGCAAAGCUGGACGUCAUUAAAUCGAAGUGAAUGCAUUUGAAUGCAUUCUUGAGGAAAGUGAUGUCAUGGGUAUGACUUUGUCAAUACCUGACUAAGCUCAAUUGUAAUAUGAUAAAAACUGCUGCAGUAGGAAUUAGAGUUUUGAACAGUUUUUGGAUAAACAAGAAGAUCGAAAUAUUUUUUAUAAAGAUUAACAUAAAAUUGUGUAUAUAAUUCAAUAACAUAAAAGGACUUGAAAUUCUUCACAUUAUCAAUAACAAAAUACCAAACGAAAGAGGAACUUCAUGCACAAAAAGUGGGAUUUAGCUCAGCUGAAGAAUUUGUAUUGAAAAUCGAGUCAGAGCUAAGCUCACUUUUUAUACGUGAGGAUGAUUAAUUAAGUUUGUAGCUUCAAAGUAAAUUGGAGGAAUUAAAACAAAACAAUAAUAAAAUACGUGUUUGCAUAUAUAUAAUUAUGUAGUUUAGCCGCUUGUAAAUAACAGCUAUGCGGAUCAUAAAGUCUACGUAUGUUGGUUUUGUGUUAUUUACUUAAUUCAAUUUGUGUAAAUUCUCAAACUGAACGAGUAUGUAUUUGUUGCAAGACGCAGAAUUAAAAAAUCGUUGGGCAGCGAAAAGCAUUUAAGUAUUGUUAAAAUCCGAAAUUGUCGACUAUAAGAAAUGUAAAUUUAUGUUUAAAUAUGAUAUCAUAUACAUAUACAUAACUGAGGAAGGCAAUGAUUAUGAAAAGCUAACAAUAAGCAAGGUAAUGGGAUUAGCCAAGUGCUAGAGAAGGGAUGAGUUAAUGUAAUGUGUGUAAUACGAAUAAUAGUAAAUAUAAAUUAUGAAAGUGUAAAUGAUAAUAACUGCUUAAUGUAAUGAAUAUUGUAUCAAACAGAGGUCAUAUUGAAAUACAUACAUACAUGAAAAUAAUUUAAAUACAUGAAUGAACAAUAAAUACUUAUACAAAAAUA